CGCAAUCUAAUUGUCUACUUUUUUCCAAGAUUGCACGAAGAAAACUACAAAAAUGGGAGCUGAAUUAGCUGACAACGGACACAAGUCAGAAAAGUCAGCACGGAAGGAGCGUGCCAUAACUUAAGCAAAACCCUUGUCCUCUCAACGGAUUUAUUGUCAUUCUUUAAAAUGCGAGCGAAACUUUCCCUUUCCCUCUUCCCUUCCUCUUAAAGCUUUUCCCUCUGUUUAUAUAUUCAUUUCUCUUGCACCCCACAAACAACUCGACCUUUUUUCUGUUAUCUAAAAUUAAUCUGUUAUCCUCUCUUUAUCAACUUUCUGCUGUUUACUUGUCCUUUUUAAUAUGCUUUCUUGCUCUCCACUCAUCGUUUCUUGCUUCUUUAACUAACUUUCCGCUACUAUUUCUUCAUAUCUUCCUUCUUCCACAAAUGGGUAAUUGUCUUAACCACUCCAAUAAAUCAACCGCCGAGAUUGCUCCUUAUGGUUUCAUCAAAUCCACCACCACCACCUCUGCCUCCACCGCCGCCGCCGUAAGAUUAUAUGGCUCCCCUACUUCCUCUAUCACUACCUACAUUCGCUUCGCUCUUCUCUAUAAAACCCUCUCCCUCCAGUUUAUCCCAACGGAAUCGCAUCCUGUUCUUGAAAUCGGGUCGGACUCUAUCUCCGGAUCUGCCGAGAUGAUCCUCCGAUUUCUGGACGCGAAGUACCCGCACCCGAAUUUGGUGUUGACGGAAAACAGUGGAUUCAGUGAAACGACGCCGUUGAUAGUGAAGGCUGUGGUGUUGCAUCACAGGAGUAUGAGGUGGCAUUUGAAUAGGAUGGUGAGAUGGGGAGAGGAUCUUGCCACACGUGGAGGAAGGAAGACGGUGGAUCCCAAAAUGGGGAGCCCGAGGAUGGAGAUUAGGAAGUUUGGCAAGAGUUACUCGCAGUUGCUCGAGUUUAUGCUUGAACACGCGCAGAUGGAAGAGCGCGUGGUGUUUCAUCUUCUUGAAUUGGCUGAUAGAGGGCUAUGUAAAGCUGCAAUUGAGGAACAUGCAAGGGACCUACCCAUCAUGAAUGGAAUCAAAGAAGACAUCAAAUCCAUUGGAGUUCUCGACACUGGGAACCCUGACUUUAGAGAUGCUCUUUGUAACCUUUCAUCCCGGCUCAAAUCAUUACUGGAACACUGUGAAGAGCACUUUGAGGAAGAGGAGAGAGAUGUAUUUCCAUUGAUGGAGGCUGUGGAGCUAAGCAAAGAACAGCAACUAAGGGUAUUAGAGCAGUGUUUUGAUCUUAUGCAGGGGACUCAUUCACAUUUGUUCAACUUUCUAAUCGAAGGCUUUCUCCCUUGGGAAGCCAUGCAGUAUUUAGAUUUGAUUUUAGGGUGCAAAGGUGAAGAAAGAGCAGGUUCCAUACUUCACAGGAUUAUUGAGUAAGGUUCCAGUUAUUAAUAUUGGUACACGAGAAUGGAAUAUACACAAGCAGGUUCCAUGUUUCAAAUGCCUGCUUUGCAUGUCUGCCAAGAUAUUAUAAUCCAUGCUUAGCUUGAGCUUGCAGCAUUUGGUAUUUCUCAUUGUUAAUCUGUAUAUUCAAGAUUUCACUUCUAUACAAAAGUCAUAUAUGCAGUUUCAAAUGUAAGAUGUUUUCAAAAAGUAGUAGGAUGUUAAGUUUGCCAGUC